AUGCCUCCAAGAAAGCGUAAGAUUGCAGAACCAGGACCAGAACCAGAACCGGUUUCAACGGAAGAACAACAGGUGACUGACCAAGUGCCAACUGAUGCUGAAGUUGUGAAUGGCGAACCUGAACCUAAGAUACAAAGGAGAACAUAUACUGCAGGUAAACAUCCGAAACCUGCAUCAGAAGAAAUAUCACCAGUAGACUAUUCUACUCCAUUAAAUCCAGACUCUGAACUAUUUAAAGAUUCAGAUUGGACUAUACAAAGACUAAAUACAUUCAUUAAUUUCACAUUGACGAAAUUGUCUGAAACUUAUAAAGAUAUCUUUAAAGAUUUUAUUAAAUUGCCAAGUAGGAAAUUCCAUCCUCAAUAUUAUCAUAAGAUUGAAAAUCCAAUUUCAAUCAAUGAAAUUAAUAAGAGAGACUAUGAGCAUAUGAAUAAUAAAAGUGAUGAUGCGGAAGAAAAAGAGGAAGAAGAACAAGCAGCAACAUAUAAAAGUACUGGUGUCAAGAGUUUCCUUUUAGAUGUUGAACUGUUAGCAAAAAAUUGUCAUGCCUUUAACGUAGAAGAUAGUCUUAUAGUUAAAAAUUCAUCUCAAAUGGUUAUGUACAUUGAAUUUGAAGUAUUGAAAGCAAAGAAUUUCUCCAGAAAUUAUUUAGUUAAUGAUGAAGUUAAAAUUAAGUUAAUUGAAUUGAUCGAAAAAGUCAUCAAUGGGACGGAGAAAUCAAUUGAUAAAGAAAUGGGUCAGAAAUUUAAGGAUUCAAAUUCUGUUUUCAAAUUAAGUGAUCCAUUUAUGGAUCUAAUCAACAAGGAUGAAUUACCAGAAUAUUAUGAUCUUAUUCAUAAACCAAUGGCUAUUAAUGUGGUGAAGGAAAACUUAGAAAUUGGAACCUACCUCAACUUGUAUGAUUUCAUUAUAGAUAUGCAACUAAUUUUCCAAAAUGCUUUUGUUUUCAAUCAUCCUAGCACCGAAAUUUAUCAAGACGCAAAAAAACUAUUAAGCUAUUUUGAAUACUUGAUGAAAAAUAAAGUUUUCCCUGAAUUGAAAGAUGCUAAUGAAAGAGGUGAAAUUAAUUUGAUUCAAGGUCAUGAUGAAUAUGAUCUUCAUUUAGCUGAAUUAAAGCGAAGACAAGAGAAAGCUGCCGCGACUGUAGCAGCAGCAGCUCUUACUACAGCAGGUCCAAGUACGACCAUUACAUCUGUUGGCUUAUCAGCCAUUCAUUCAAUGAAUUCAUUUGAUAUAACCAGAGGAACUUUAGGACCAGAUAAGGAUUUACACUUCAAUAAUAAUGUACAAUCAAUGGAAUCUACUUCUAAAAAUGAAACUGUAACAUUAAAAAAUGAACUAAUAAAUGAUUAUGAUUUCGACCAUUUCGAAGGCUUAGGGAAUGGAUAUACAAGAACUUUACUAGAUGAAGACUUCUUGUUAAAUCCAAAUUCUUCAAAGCCACCAGCAGCUGCCGCAUCGGCCAGGACGGCUGAAGAAAUAAAAAAACUUGAAUCAAUUAUAAAAAUAGAAAAAUCAGAGGAAGAGAAACCUACGAUACUAAAAUAUAAUAUUAUUAAGUCAAUGAAAACGGAACCUGAAGUAGCUGAUGAAUAUAAAAUUGAUACCACACCAUACGAACUAAUAAAAACAUUAUCGAUAUAUUCAUCCAAAUCAUUCUAUAAUCAUUCGAUACAUCCGAUACAAGGAUCAAGACCAUCAACUAUUCAAAAUUGGCUUGAAUUUAACUUUAUUGGUGAUGAAUUAAAUCAAAAUGAAAAUAUAUUCUCGAUUAAUUUAGAACCUCAUCAGUUAUUUAUGUCACUAUUAAUCUAUUUGAAUCAAGAUUCUCUUACUGAGAAUGAUUCAGAAACGUCUUUGAUCUUAAAUAAACAGCCAAUUAAGUUACUAGAUGUUAAUGGUAAUCCUAAGAUUAUCAAUCCUUCCCCGAUACCAAAGCCACCACAACCAGCACAAUCAGAAUCAGGACGAGUGCCUGUUGAAAACGGAACUUCGACGAGCACACAAGAAGAAGAAGAAGUGGAGAAAGUGAAACCGAAGGAACCAGAGAGAUAUAAUAUUAGGUUGAUCGAAGGGUUAAACAAACUUGAAUAUACAUGUAAAGACAAAAAUAGUGGUAAAGAAGAAAACAUGAAGUUUUUUAUAAACGUCUUACCAUAA